GUCUCGGAGUUUGAUUGUCUCACCCGGAAGCCCGCGGAGCGAACGUCGGUUGCUUUGCUGCAGCCACAGUCGGACGGACGGAGGCGCCCGGCCUGGUGACGGUGGCGAUGGAGGCGGCGGCGGAUCCGCGGUACCCCCGGUCCUCCAUCGAGGAUGACUUCAACUACGGCAGCAACGUGGCCUCGGCCAGUGUCCACAUCCGCAUGGCUUUUCUACGAAAAGUCUACAGUAUUCUUUCAAUUCAAGUUCUUUUGACCACAGUGACGUCUGCGAUUUUUCUCUACUCUACUCCAGUUCAGACGUUUGUGCAUGAAAGCCCUGCUUUGCUUUUGGUAUCUGUGCUUGGAUCUUUGGUUAUGAUUUUAGCACUAACCCUGUAUAGACAUCAGCAUCCUGUUAAUUUAUACCUACUCUUCGGAUUUACCCUUUUGGAAGCGUUGACUGUUGCUAUUACAGUGACUUUCUAUGAUGUAUCAGUUGUCUUACAAGCUUUUAUUCUGACUACUGCUGUGUUUCUUGGGUUGACUGUGUAUACUUUGCAGUCCAAGAGAGAUUUCAGCAAAUUUGGAGCAGGGCUGUUUGCUUGCUUGUGGAUUUUCAUCCUCUCCAGUCUCCUGAGGCUGUUUUUCUAUAGUGAGACAAUAGAGCUGUUGUUUGCUGCUGCGGGAGCGCUGCUGUUCUGCGGAUUUAUCAUCUAUGACACUCAUUUGCUGAUGCACAGACUGUCCCCUGAAGAGUAUAUAUUGGCUGCCAUUAAUCUCUACUUAGAUAUCAUCAAUCUGUUCUUGCACCUGCUGCGCCUACUAGAAGCAUUAAAUAAAAAAUAAUUGUAGGCGAUCUGUAGUGAAACUCCUCCUCAAAUAGUUAAAUUUGGUUUAUAGAGGGUUGUGUCUAAAUAAGGUUGGUUUUGAUUAUAUACAAACUGCAGUAUAUUUUGAGACUGAAUUUUCCUGUUUUUCCAUUCCAUGGUUACUGAAUCUUUUUCUUAGAAAUGAAAGGGUUUUAUGUAACUGAGUUUCUGCUCAAAAUAUAUAUUUUACUUUAAUUGCACACUGCAGCCAUUUCAGUUACUUUUGUAAAGGCUUUAUUUGUGACCAAGGUAGCUUUUGAUGAAAAUGCUUGUCAACUUCUGAUAGCCCUAACAUGAACAGUCAGAAAAUCCCAUCAUUUUAUUUCUGCUAUCCUAUAAUUGUUCUGGAUGGUUCCUUUGGAAUCAUAAGUCUGUCUGGAUAGUAUAAAAUCAAGCCUCUUCAUUUUGUUAGUGUAUAGUGAUAUUUUACAUAAGCUAAAAUUUUGUCAUUCUAAAAAUGUAUAUUAGUGGGCUCUUGAUUUGAAAGCCUUGGAAUUAUUAACUAGUAAAACAUAACUACACUUCCUUUAAAAUAUUUUAAUCUACUCUGGUUUAGAGCUAUGAGAUUAUUUUAUUACCAAGGUCAAGUAUAAACAGAACAAUAUAGAGAGUU